UUUUUUUAUGUUUUGAUUUGAAUGGUUUUGUGGGCUGAGCUGAAUUUGUGUUUCGAUUUUCGAGAGUUUCUGCCUUGUGUGAUAGGAUUUAGUAAUGUUUCUGCUACUGGUUGCAAUAUAUGAAUGAUUGUUGAGAAAAGAAGAGCCAACAACAUCAUGUGGUAAAUAAAACAAUGAGAUCCCAACAAAGACGGAGGCAUAUCGAAAAUUGAAUCUCUUACAUUGUGCACUUAAAACUGCCAAAGGAUGAUGAUUUCCGAUAUCUUCCCAAGCAUUUCAUUGCAUCCAUAACUAGCAAGAAUGAUGAUGUUGAAAAUAGAGCCAGUCUUUGCAGCUUUGGUAUUGGCUUGCUUACCGUCUUUUGUAUUGCCUGAUGCACAAGGAGAUGUGCUGUUUUCAUUGAGGACUUCUUUGAAUAGUUCACCCAAUCAGCUCAAGGACUGGAACCCCAAUCAAGUCAAUCCAUGCACUUGGUCCAAUGUGAAUUGCGACCCUAACAAUAAUGUAGUUUCUGUAACAUUAUCAAAUAUUGGAUUUUCUGGCAUCUUGUCUCCUAAAUUAGGAGCCUUGAAAAAUCUUCAAACACUUUCAUUAGAAGGAAAUGGCAUAACUGGUGAGAUACCAGAAGAGUUUGGAAAUCUGACAGUUUUGUCCACCUUGAAUUUAGAAAAUAAUAAUUUAACUGGUGAAAUACCAGCUUCUCUUGGCAAUCUGAAGAAUCUUCAAUUCUUAAUUUUGAAUAACAAUAAUCUGAGUGGUACUAUCCCAGAGUCACUUUCAAGUCUUUCAAGCUUGAUUAGUCUUCAGCUAGGCUCCAAUGCUCUCACUGGUCAAAUACCUGAGCGGUUGUUUAAUGUCCCAAAGUACAAUUUUACAGGAAACCACCUAAACUGUGGUGUGAAUCUCCCUCGCCCUUGUGCACCUGAUAACGAUGGUUCAGGCCCUAAAAGUAAGCCGAAGCUUGGAAUCAUAGUUGGAGUUGUUGGAGGGCUUAUCAUUUUAGUAUUACUUGGAGGUUUACUGUACUUUAUGUGCAAGUGUAGACACAAAGGCAAGCGUGAAGUUUUUGUGGAUGUUGCAGGUGAAGUUGACCGAAGGAUUGCAUUUGGCCAGUUAAAAAGAUUUUCGUGGAGGGAAUUGCAGCUAGCAACAGACAACUUCAGUGAGAGAAAUGUUCUAGGACAGGGAGGUUUUGGAAAAGUCUAUAAAGGAGUGCUAUCUGAUAACACAAAAGUUGCUGUUAAGCGACUCACAGAUUAUGAGAGUCCUGGGGGGGAUGCAGCUUUCCAGCGCGAAGUAGAAAUGAUAAGUGUAGCUGUUCACAGGAAUCUAUUAAGACUGAUCGGGUUUUGCACGACUCCAACAGAACGCCUUCUAGUGUAUCCCUUUAUGCAGAAUUUAAGUGUUGCCUAUCGGUUACGUGAGAUUAAACCUGGUGAGCCCGUUUUGGAUUGGUCUACAAGAAAGCAGGUGGCAUUAGGCACUGCCCGUGGGCUAGAGUACCUACACGAACAUUGUAAUCCUAAGAUUAUUCAUCGAGAUGUAAAGGCUGCUAAUGUAUUACUUGAUGAAGAUUUUGAAGCGGUUGUGGGUGACUUUGGCUUGGCAAAGUUGGUGGAUGUUAGAAGGACUAAUGUGACAACUCAAGUUCGUGGCACAAUGGGUCACAUAGCACCUGAAUAUUUGUCCACUGGGAAGUCAUCAGAAAGGACAGAUGUUUUUGGCUAUGGGAUUAUGCUUUUAGAACUUGUAACUGGACAACGGGCAAUUGAUUUUUCACGCUUGGAAGAAGAAGAUGAUGUUUUGUUGCUUGACCAUGUCAAGAAGCUGGAAAGGGAAAAGAGACUGGAUGCAAUUGUUGACAGCAAUCUGAAUGAUAGUUACAACAUCCAAGAGGUAGAAAUGAUGAUCAAAGUUGCACUUCUUUGUACGCAAGGAUCUCCUGAAGACCGCCCGUUAAUGUCAGAGGUGGUACGGAUGCUAGAAGGAGAGGGUCUGGCUGAGCGCUGGGAAGAAUGGCAGAAUGUUGAGGUUACUCGCAGGCAAGAGUACGAAAGACUACAAAGGAGAUUUGACUGGGGAGAAGAUUCUGUCUAUAAUCAGGAUGCUAUUGAGUUAUCUGGUGGACGUUGAGGUAAUCAGUAAUUCUGUACUCAUUUCCUCUUAUACCAUCAGCAUGUAAUAUCGUUUUUGGUAGGUUAGCUCGGUUAAACCCUGAAUGAAGCAUAUAUAUGUAAUACCCAAAUCGUAAUAUCAUCAUUUCAUCUUUUAAACCUUUCAUUUGUAUAUCUUGUGGGUACAUGAUUUUGUUGGUGUGGCCAAGCCGUGGAAUACAAACCUUGCAGAUUGCAUAAUCAACGCUGUUCUGAAUUUA